UCUCUUUGUAAUUAGAGCUGUGGUGGUUGUGUUGUGAGUCGUGUCGGUGGCUGACUGGCGUCUUUUUAAGUAUGUGUUUUUGUAUGGAUUGUUUAGUCACUUAAACCGGUUAUGAAUUUGUUUAAUUAAUAUUAAUGUUUACUGUGUAUAUGUAAUUAUUAUUGUCUUGUAUUGUAUCAAAACAAACUAUUAAAAAUGAGUGGAGGUGGAAUGUUAUACGGUGGAGACGAAAUCGGUGCAAUUGUUUUUGAUGUGGGACACCAUUCAUUAAGAGUAGGUUAUGCACAAGAAGAUUCUCCUAAAGCUGAAAUUCCAGCUGUAGUUGGAGUCAGUGAAGAUGGAAAUUCAACAGCAGCGAUUGCCGAAAGUAUGGAAGUGGACAAAAAACUAGAUUCCAAUAUUACUUCCAAUUCAAAAUAUUAUGUAGAUACUACUGUUCUCAGUGUUCCAAGGAAAGGUAUGGAGAUUGUCAGCUAUAUGAAAGAUGGUGUUAUAGAUGACUGGGAUUUGUUUGAGAAAGUGCUUGAUUAUACUUAUGCCAAAUGCAUUCAAUCUGAAUCAGAAUAUCACCCAGUCUUGAUGUCUGAAUCACCUUGGAAUCCUAGAAAUAAAAGGGAAAAACUCACUGAAAUUAUGUUUGAAAAAUACAAUGUCCCUGCAUUUUUUUUAGUUAAGAAUGCUGUUCUUGCAGCAUUUGCUAAUGGCCGUGCAACUGGCUUAGUUGUGGAUAGUGGAGCCACACAUACUUCCGCAGUACCUGUCCAGGAUGGGUUUGUUCUAACUCAAGCGAUUGUCAAGUCACCUCUUGGUGGAGAUUAUAUUACAAUGCAAUGUAAACAGUUUCUGCAGGAUAAUAACAUUGAAGUUAUCCCAACGUACAUGAUAGCAGGUAAAGAGCCAGUGAAUGAGAAAGAGAAAGGUAAUUGGACUAAGAAAAAGAACCUUCCGGAAGUUACAAAUUCUUGGCAUAAUUAUAUGGUCAAGAAAGUUAUUCAAGACUUUCAAAAUUGUGUUCUUCAGGUUUCAGAGGCACCUUAUGAUGAAAAUAACGUUUCAUCUAUGCCAGCUGUACAUUACGAAUUUCCCCAUGGCUAUCAUCAAGAGUUUGGUGUAGAGCGUUUUCGUAUUCCUGAAGCAAUGUUUGAUCCAAGUGUUGCUCCUGUGCGUGGGGGAAUUGUAGGAAAUACAAUGUUGGGUGUUGGACAUAUAGUUACGACGAGUGUUGGAAUGUGUGAUCCAGAUGUCCGACCGGCUCUAUAUGGAAGUGUUGUUGUAACUGGAGGUAAUUCCUUCAUGCAAGGGUUUCCUGAGCGGCUAAAUAGAGACUUGUCGAUGCGUAUUCCAUCAAGCAUGAGGUUGAAACUUAUUUCAGCCAAUGGUUCAGCAGAAAGAAGAUUUGGUUCAUGGAUUGGUGGCUCCAUUCUGGCAUCAAUUGGAACUUUUCAACAAAUGUGGAUUAGCAGUCAAGAAUAUGAAGAGGCUGGCAAGGGCCAAAUUGACAGAAAAUGCCCUUAGGCAGGUUUAUGAACCUAAGUUAGGCUUAUGCCUAUUUAUGUGUAUAAUUUAGAUUUUGAGUUUCUAACUUGAGUGUAAUUCCAAAGUAAGUUUUAUUUGAAUGGCCUACUAUAAAACCAUUAAAUGUUAUUUUAAGUAAUAGUAGCUUACUAUUUGUUUCUGAUUUUAUUUAAUCAUACCAGUUACAUGUAUGAAUCUGUUUAAAAGUAGAUGUUUUACUGUAUUGUAUUGAAUAUUGUAGGCCUAAUCUUGUCAUAAAACGUUUUCUACUCUCA